GAGGACCCUCGGUGCACUAUACACACAUCUGCAAAGUUACAAUACUUAGUAUUGCUGGUACCUCCCCUUUCUGUCUGUCUCCAGCCUCCCAUCACUGUGUGAUCAGUUUCCCCUCUUGCACUGCCACUUUCCCCCUAUAGCCCUAUCUGGCACUAGUCCUGGUGACUGCACAUCGGCAUGCGCCUUAUCAAGAAAUCUGGGCCCCGUAGACUAGUUCUUCCCGUCAUGACGUUCAGCCGGUGGCCAGUGCUUGCCCUGCAGGCCGCUUUCUUGGUCAGUUUCGUGACGUGCAAUGAUGCUCCACCGGUUCCCGGUGACCAGCUGCACAUAGACAAGAGCUGGGUGCCCGAGCUCUGUCCACGUAGCGUUAAAGAGGGGGACUAUGUGCGGUACCACUACCACGGAACCUUCCCGGACGGAACCAAGUUUGACUCCAGCUAUGACCGAGGGUCAACUUACAAUGUGUUUGUUGGAAAAGGACAGAUCAUUGCAGGAAUGGACAAAGCCCUUAUUGGAAUGUGUGUUAAUGAGAGACGACUGGUAAAAAUUCCACCAAGUCUUGCCUACGGGAGUGAAGGAGUAGAGGGUGUCAUUCCACCAGAUGCCAUACUACACUUUGAUGUUCUUUUGUUGGAUAUCUGGCAUCCAGAUGACACCGUCAAGGUGGAGACUUAUUACAAGCCUGAAAACUGCUCCCGUACAGUAGAAGUGUCAGAUUUCAUUCGCUACCAUUACAAUGGAACUUUGAUGGACGGAACUCUUUUUGACUCCAGUCACAAUCGCAUGCGAACUUACGACACAUACGUGGGAAUUGGCUGGCUCAUCCCUGGUAUGGACAGUGGUCUCUUAGGAAUGUGCGUGGGGGAAAAACGUAUUAUCACAGUGCCUCCAUUUCUUGCAUAUGGAGAAGAUGGAGAUGGCAAGGAUAUACCUUCCCAGGCUACUCUGGUCUUCGAUGUAGUUUUGCUGGAUUUGCACAAUCCGAAAGAUGGGAUCAGUGUGGAAGUUCAAUAUGUACCAGAGGACUGUGAGCGAAAAACACAAGUUGGGGACUUCAUCAGAUACCACUAUAAUGGGUCCUUGCUAGAUGGAACUUUCUUUGAUUCCAGUUACUCAAGGGGCCACACUUACGAUACCUAUAUAGGUAAGGGAUAUGUGAUCGCUGGAAUGGAUCAAGGUUUGUUAGGAGUGUGUGUUGGAGAAAAGAGAAGGGUGACCAUCCCACCUCAUCUUGGUUAUGGAGAAGAAGGGAGGGGGAAGAUCCCAGGCUCUGCUGUACUGGUGUUCGAUAUUCAUAUAAUUGAUUUCCACAAUCCUGAUGAUUCUGUGAGCAUCACAUCAACCAUAAAGCCCAGCAACUGCACUGUACUGAGUAAAAAAGGAGACUACCUAAAGUACCACUACAAUGCCACGCUGAUGGACGGCACUGUGCUGGAUUCAACGCAUCAAUAUGGCAAAACCUACAACAUUGUUCUGGGAUCUGGACAGGUAGUAAUGGGAAUGGACAUUGGCCUGCAAGACAUGUGCGUUGGUGAAAGACGUACAGUUAUUAUACCUCCACACAUGGGUUAUGGCGAAGCUGGAGUAGAGGGAGAAGUACCUGGCAGUGCCGUUCUAGUGUUUGACAUUGAGCUGUUGGAGCUAGUACCAGGCCUUCCUGAUGGCUACAUGUUUGUAUGGAACGGAGACGUUUCUCCAGAGCUUUUUGAGGAGAUUGACAAGGAUAAAAACAAAGAGGUGUUUUUAGAGGAGUUUUCUGAAUAUAUUUUAGCCCAGGUUGAUGCAGGAAAAGGAAAGCUAGCCCCUGGUUUUGAUUCAGCAAAGAUCAUAGAUAACAUGUUUCAAAAUCAGGAUCGAAACCAAGAUGGUAAAAUCACAGAACAAGAAUUCAAACUUAAAGACCAAGAGGACAAAGAAAGGCACGACGAGCUGUAAAUUUGCCUAUGAAUUGAUUAACUUGAGUGCAUCUGAUACGUGUGAGCAUUUAAGUGACUUGAUAUAUAAAUGAGAAGAAAAAGGUGUGCGAUCAGUAUUAGAUCUGUUGGUCUCUCCAGUACAGAACAGUCUGGCAUAGAAGAUGUUGCAGUAUAUUCAGAUGUCAGAUGAUCUAGUCAAACUGUUUCCACAUAAACACUUCUAAAAUUAUAUUGGACUUUAUUUAAACAUUUUUUUUUCACAGGUCAAAUUUGUAUUGUCAAAUCACCAAAAAAAUAUAUUGAACUUGCGGCCAGACUUGAAUUUUAUAUCAUUGUAUUCCAGAGCCAAAAAUAAUAUUUUGAUAGAACCAUUUAGUGGUUAAGCAUAAAUUAUUGACAAACUAUUUUCAACUCGAUAGAUCAGGGAAGCCACAUUUUCACUUCACACAAUAAGAAAAGUAUGUUGUACAUAAUGUCUUUAAAUAAAAACAUGAUUUUCCUUUAUGUUAAUCAAAUGAGAUGUACCAGCGGUGUAUUUGAGUACAAAUAUGAAUUAUAACUUUAAAUAGAUUUUAUGUUGAAAUCUAUAUGCUGGAAGGAACUUUGGGACUAGUUUUUGAUACAUAGGCAGGCUAGAAUUAGUUAAUUAUAAAAGUUAAAAAUAGGUUUGUAUACAUGGUGUAUUAUUUUUCAAAAUGAAAAUUCUUCAGCAGAACUCUUCUUACUGAUGGUUGCCCUUGACUGUAAGUCUCUGUUGUUUAUGAGUACUAAACCAGGUCACUAUUGUAGCUGUAAUUUUGACUACCUAAUAAUAGCAAGAAUAUUCUACAUAAAUAAAAAUGAAGAUUUUUAUUACCACCAGGUGUUCAGAAUAACAACUACAACAGUGAGCCCUUAACUGCUUUAUUCCGUUAGGACAAAAUGGAAUGUCCUACCAUAUAAGGCAUCCUGCAGCUUCCCCCUUUGACGUAGCCAAGGAUCGGCCUGGACGGGGGGCGUGCCUAGCAGCUUAGACAGUCCCCCAUGAUCCGAUCCCGGCCUUGAAAUCACGCAAUUUGCGUUAUUUCAUUUUUACUAAUAGUGUUUACAUCGGAACUAUGUUCCAAUGUGAACACUAUUAUUCCCGCCACAAAGGGGUUUUAAAAGGGAUAACAGCCUAAAUUACUGAAGAAAACAAUAUUCUAAAUAGUAAAACUGUGCAAUUGAUGUGAAGAAUGUUUUCUGUGUACAGUGAUAGUUUCACUUUUAUUUAAAUGUAAAGGGGCAUGAGACCAAUUUGUUUAUUUUUAUGAAUAAGAUAAAGAAUAUAAUUUUAAACAACUUUCCAAUGUACUUCAAUUAUCAAAUUUGCUUUAUUCUCUUGGUAUCCUUUGUUGGAGUGUCAAUGUAAUAGUGGGAGCUAGCUGAACACAGGUGAACCAAUGACGCAAUCAGCAGGUAGCUGCUAGUAGUACAUUGCUGUUCUUGAGCCUACCUAUUAUUUUAAACAAAGGAUACUAAAAGAACAAAGCACAUUAUAUAAUAGAAGUAAAUUGGAAAGUUCUUUAAAACUGAAUGCUCUGCCCGAAACAGGAAAGUAAUAAUUUUGGGUUUCAGGUCCCUUUUUAAAAUAAGUGUUAAGGCCAUGUCAUUCUAUACUUAUAGGUUAAUACUUUGCUUAUAUAGGCAACGGUACACAGUGUUCUCUUUGUAUAAACCCUUGAGCCUGAAACUUUAAAGGGAAAGUCAUUUUAAUAUGUGUAUAACAUGAAAACAAUGUAAAUGUAAAAAAGGAGCCACAAGAUCUGCAAAAGAAGUGUUUCAUAAACAUUUAAAUCUGCCCUUAAAGGGACAUUACGGUCAAAAUUUAAAUACACAUAUAUGAAUUACAUCUUUAAAUAGUGUUAAUACAUGUAUAUUGCAAGUAUGUUUCUAAGACAGUGAUAUUUUUUGUAACAUAUUUCUCUGCAUGUGAAACAUAGCUAGAUAUUUUGAGUGCACCAGAACUUUAAAUACUGCAGCUGCUCAGAGUGCCAGUGGGGCUUGUAUCACAUCAGAAAUUAACAAAUGUAGUCAUUGCCAGAUGGUACAAGCACCUUAGGUUCUCUGAGCAAGUGCUGUGUUUAAAAUGCUGGUGCACGGUGCAUACUUAAAUAGACUUUUGAAACAGCUAUAGCUUAUAUAAGAAGCAUUUUUGCAAAUACAUGUAUAUUACAAAAAUGCUUCUAUUUGGAUUUCAGUUUUGGCUGGAAUGUACCUUUAAAUAGACUUAAACAUAAUCAGCAAUGCAGUCAAGUGUGAACACUCCUUGAAUACAUUAACACUUUGUGUGCUGCAAAUUGCAAUUGCUUCUCAGUGACCAAACUUCAGUUGCCAUGUUUUGGAGAAGCCUAUCUGGACUGAGGUAGACCAGGGUAGCCUUUUUUUACUUGCAUUGUUUUGCAUUUGCAGUUUUUUUUUUCUCUUUUCACUUCUGCUGAGGUGAGUUUUGGACAGAUAUAUAGCAGGCUUAGGCUUGUAAAGCCCUUACAUUUUUAGAGUUAAAUUAAAGCUAAAGGAAGCAAAAUAAAUAAUAGAAGUGUAUAGAAUUUGUGUUUACUAUUCAUAAUUUAACAUUUCAUAUUAUGUAAGGUCAUGUAAAUUAUAGAAAGCUGCAGUCCUCUAUAAGAUAAUGGGGCAUUAAUGAACUAUUAAUAAAGAAAACUCAAAUCUAAGACAUUAUUGUAUUUGGCACGGUUUAGUAAGAGUUCUCCUUUCAACAUGACUGUAGCUGGCUAUACUAAUAUGUAUUAUGACUAAUUAACAUCCCUUUAAAACAAACACAAAAACAACUACAGUAAAAUGAAUCUAUCUACUUAUAUAAUAUAACUCAUUGACAGUCCACAUAAUUGUAUUCCAGACCUCUCUCAAAAAAAAUGAAUAUAUUAUAUUUAAAGCUCUAAAAUGCAUACUAUGAAUGUAAUGAUUCAUUUGUGAUAACAUUUUAAACGGUUAGCUACAUACUUUAAAUAUACUUAAAAUGUAUAAAUAAGUGGUUUCCCAAAACACUAAAUGUUGAAAUACUCAUGCAAAGUCUCUUCAAUUCCUGAGUUAAAAUACCUUAAUAGUCUCCAGUUUCACAUUAUUAUGUAUUGCUGGUUAUUUAUCAUUUUAAAAAAUGUUCACAUAAAGAGCCUGAUUUAUCAUCCACGGGCAGACAGGGUCGUAAAUAUUUGCCUCUGGCGGGCAUCAAUCUGCUGGCCACAUUUACCAUUUCACACAAAUGCUCCUGUGCGUUCGCAUGCAACCCCGCCCCCAGCCCGAGCACAGCCAAUCACGCUCGGGCAGGAGCUGUCCAUCUCCCCAAUCAGAGGAGACUAGGGAGACUGAAAUUCUCCACCUAAGAUGUGGAGAACAGGGCAGGGAAGCAGCUGUCUAAUAACCGUUGCUUGAUAAAUCCUGCUUGUGCGAACCUGCAGUCAAAGGGGAGAAAGGGGCUUGAUAAAUUGAGCCCAAAAUGCAAUAUGUAUUUUCCUUAUGUCUCACUUUUGAGUGCAUGCUGUCGUUGCUGUAACUUGUUAAUGUGCAUUUGUGUAAAUCAAACCAAUGUAAAAUGAGAGCUACCUGGAUUUGUGAAACAAUAGUAUCUGUGCAUUUAUCACUACAUUUUUUUAGGUUGUGUAUAUUAAAUGUAUUGAAGAACUAUUAAAGAGACUGAGAUUUUAGAGAUUUAUCAGUUUAAUUCUAUUAAUUUACUUUGAAUUAUUAAUAUCCUUUUGUUGAAAAGCAUAUUUAGGAAAGUUCAAGAGCAGCAAUGUUCUACUGGAAGCUAGCUCGUAAUUGGUGGUUACACACAUAUGCCUCGUCAUUGGUUAACCAGAUGUGUUCAGCUAGAUCCCAGUAGUGCCUUGCUGUUCUGGAGCUGAUAACUAUUAACCCUUUUGCAUCUGUUAAAUACAUAGUUGUAUGCAAGCAAAUGUACAAUAACAACAUAGAGCAUUUUCUUUUUGCACUUGUAUGCCCCUUUAAUUAGUAAAACAUUCACAAGUAUACCCCCUCCUCCUUAAACUACAACCUAGCUUAGUUAUAAGUAGUUCUAUAAAGUAGUAAUUCAUCUCCUACUCCUAAAACAUAAAGUAUUCUAUUUGUAGUUCUAAAAUGUGCAUAGUUAUCUCAAAAUAUUCUUUGUUAUAUCACAUAUUUAUUGUGGUUGUUAAAUAGACACACACGCUUUUGAAUAUGCUGAAAGAAUAGCAAUCUCCAGCAAGCACUUUCUACAGUCUAACUCUAUAGAAACUGUGCUGCUGUAAUUAUUCCAGAGUUGCUGGGAUUGGGUCCAUUUAAAGGGACAGUAAAAUGAAAUGUUAUUCUAUCUAAAUCAAGAAAAUAAAUGUUUUGACUUUACUGUCCUUUAAUGUAAUCAGUUUGUAGUAAUCUAAACCUCGGUCUUUAUUUUCAUUAUUAAAGGGACAGUCGUCUACACCUUAGUCAUAUUAAAGUCUUACCUUAGAUCAUUGGUUUUCAAACCUGUUCUCAGGCCUUCAUAACAGGCCACAAUUUGAGGAUAUCUGAACUUGAGCACAGGUGAAAUAAUCAGCUUUUUUAGUAUACAUGGUUAUUUUACCUGCUCUCAUCCGAGGUAAUCCAGCAAACCUGGACUGUUGGGGAGGCACGAGGACAAGUUUGAAAACCAGUGCCAUAGAUUAAGCUGCAAAUAGCCUCCUGCACUCCUUUCUAUAUCAUGCAGCAGGAACGGUAAAAAAGUUAUUUUACAAUGAAUAUUUUAAAAUGGCUGCCAAGUUCUGCACACUUAUGACAUCACAAUCUGGCCUGCAUAUGUUGUCCAAUCACAAAAGACUCACUAGUUGGAUUCAACAGACUGUCAAUGCUAAUAAGCAGAGUGCCUAGAUGCAGCCCAGUUUGUGAUAUCAUCAGUGGGCGGAGCUCGUCAGCCAUUUCAAAAUGGACUUGAAACAAAAUUCAUUUAAAAAAAAACUUUUUUACUGCUUCAUGAUAUAGAAAGGGGUGCAUGGGGGCUAUUUGCAGCUUAAUCUAAGGUAAGACUUUAAGAUUACUAAAGUGUAGACUGUCCCUUUAACACAUCAGCUGUAUUUUACGGUUUAGAUGCAGUGUUGUGUGCCUUCCCUUGCAACUGUCAGUGCCUUUACAUGAGUGAGGAAAUUCAUACUGUCCUGUAUAAAAAAAAAAUAGUAAUAAAAAAAAUACCUGCACAUUUUAAACUUGUUUGUCAAGGAGAACAGUAAAAAGUGGAUAUAGAUGCUGCUUGACGUGCUAAUACAUCCUACACUAAUCAAGUACACUGUACAACCAAAAUAAAAGUUAGUGCCAUAAAUUGUUAUAUAAAACCUUACUAAAGGGAAAGCUAUCAAGGAUUGCUUAGUUUGGAAAAUAUGGUUAGUGCAAUUUAGUUCAUAUGCUCUGUAUGAAAUAAGGACCUCAGUCUAGCAGUAAUGGGGUAUUUAACACUGAGAUUGUUACAUCAGUAACCAAUUUAUAACUUGUGUCUGUAGGAUAUUAGAAUACAUAACUUGCUUUUAAACCUAGGUUACAACAUGAAGGUGCCCAUUACUGAGACUAAAACUUUACACAUUUCUUCAGUAUUUAAACAACUAAUGUUUUCAAAAAUAUAUCUGUAUAUUAAUGUAAGGCUAAUCUGCUAUGAAUACAUCAUUGUGUCUAGCAUUUAUUUAGAGUUUAAUAUCUAAGUUCUGUCUUGCAAACAAUUACUAUAGUGAUCACUAUAGCAACAUGUCUCUUCACCUCUUUCAAAGCACCACCCAUUUUAACUCAUUUUGUAAAAGCCCCACCUCCUUACAGACCAACCCACAAUGCAUCACUCUUUUUACAAUACAUCCCACCCAAACACCUAUCCUUUUUACAGUACAGGCUGUCAUAAGCCACACACGUUAACAGAGCAGUCUAUAAAAUGCCAUCUAUUUAAAGGUACAUAAUACUGCUAUGCUAAAUCAAUUGAAAGUGAUGCAGCAUAACUGUAAAAAGCUACUAGAAUAUACCACCUAGCCAAGAUAUUUUACCUCAAUAUUUAUUUAGCUCAUAAUGGUAAGAGCUCUGUGAAUAGUUAUUCUUCAGCUAAUGUCAGCUGUAUGUUGAUUGAAAAAAAAAAAUAAAAAUAAAUAAAUAAAUAAAUAUAUAUAUAUAUGACACACUUUGCUUUAUGGUGCUCUCACAAGAUUUCCCUGAAAUCUUGUGAGAUGUCAUAGUAAACUUCCUUAAACCGAGGAGGGAAAUAACAUGACUGUGCCUGCACAUGCCAGAUGCACGCGCCAUUGCAAGUUCCAGAACUAGCAUCCUGAUUGGCUACUUAAAGUACUUUUACAAUGGGAUGUGGCUACUGCUGAAAUUUUGAAGUAAAAUGCCUUCCUUUUUACAUAGAGAUGUUCAGGUGAUUUUACCUAGUCAGCAUUUUACAGCUAUGCUGCAUAAUUUACUCUAUUCUAUUUAUUAUUAUUUUUUAAUUUAAACCACUUAACCUACCAUUUAUUAUUUAUCCAGGCCUUAUAAAGAUUAUAGACUAAUUUUGUAUCUCACAAAAUGAAGAUGAAUUGUUAAUUUACAUAGCUCUGAGUUUCAAAUUGGUAUAAAUGAAUGAAUAUAUAUAUAUAUAUAUAUAUAUAUAUAUAUAUAUAUAUAUAUAUAUAUAUAUAUAUAUAUACACACACAAAAACUUUAGACACUAAUAAGAUGUAAGUAUUUGAAUGGGAUAUGUUUUGAUUUGAAUGGGAGAACAGUGUUGGAAUGGUUUAGAUACAUUUUGUAUGUUGCUUAUAGCAACAAUGUUUUAUUAAGUUUGCCUUUUUUUAAGAACCUUUACAUUUAAAGUUGUUUUUUUUUUUAAGUGAGCAUAUAUUCUUGGCUGAUGGGAACAAAAUGGUGAACCUCUGUGUAAGGCAGUAAGGUACUCAGGAUGUGAUAUAGUAUGAUUUGGUGGCUAUAAAUGUUUGCGUAUGUUCCUCAACCCUUGGUACUUUUAGAUCAUAUACUAAUUAAGCAAUCAGUAAUAGAAAUCUCCAUUAACAUUUGAAGAAGUUUGUGUGCAGCUUCUACUGUUUCUUAAAGGGACACUGAACUGAAUUUUUCUUUCAUGAUUCGGAUAGAGCAUGCAAUUUUAAGCAACUUUCUAAUUUACUCCUAUUAUCAAUUUUUCUACGUUCUCUUGCUAUCUUUAUUUGAAAAAGAAUGCAUCUAAGCUUUUUUUUUUUAUUCAGAACUCUGGACAGCACUUUUUUUAUUGGUGGAUGAAUGUAUCCACCAAUCAGCAAGAACCCAGGUUGUUCACCAAAAUGGGCUGGCAUCUUAACUUACAUUGUUGCAUUUCAAAUAAAGAUACCAAGAGAAUGAAGACAAUUUGAUAAUAGGAGUGAAUUAGGAAGUUACUUAAAAUGUCAUGCUCUAUCUGAAUCACAAAAGAAAAAAUUUGAGUUCAGUGUCCCUUUAACUUUACAACUGGAAUGUGAUCUAGCCCUUUUUAAAUAACUGUUUUUCGUAAAAUAUUUUUUAAGUAGGUUAAUAUUGGGCAUGUGACUGUUCUGGUGAAAAGCCUUUCUGUGCCUUUUUAUAUAUCUUUUCGUUGUUGUUGAGAUUUUAUAAACGUAAAGAUGAUGAAUCUGGAAAGAUAAGAAGAGAUUUUUUUUUUUUACCUUAUACAUAGCAGAAGAAUAUUUUCCAAAAAAAAAAAAGACUGUGAAAAUAUAAUACAGACAUAAAAAGUAUGCUUAAGCUAAUAAUGUUUGCAUUUGUAGUGACCAGAGGAAAUCACUUUUAUAAACACACAAGUCCUGGAUUUCGUACAUGGCAAUGUCUAACAUUUCCUACAACUGUUUAAAUAUGUUUGUUCAGCUCUGUACAUUAACUGGUUUGGAACUUAACAUGUAUGUUUAAGAAAUUUUAUAAGUGCAAAGAUAUCCAUUUUGAUAAAUAAAAUAAAGACAAAAUUGUA